AUAAAGAGAAAAAGAGCCAGAGAAGGAGGGGUGAAGAAAAAUGCAACUGUCUCUGUCGCUCUGCCACGGUGUGUUACAGAACAACAACAAAUCCACGCCAUUCUGCACAUCUUGUGGAUUCUCCUCUAUCAUGCAGGUGUACAUAGCUGAGACAGACUUAUCAGAAAAGACAAACGAGUGGAAGCUGGUUUCAGUGUAUGCACUGACAAGGAAGGGAAUUUGUUUGUUUCUUCAACAUACAUUCACUGGACUCCAAAAGCUGGCCGAGGAAGUAUACAGUAAGGAAUCAUCUUUUGGGGCACGUUUACUCUAUUAGGAUGCAUGUUCCUCAAAUUUUGCCUGGCCACCUUUUCACUGGGAUGUAGUGAGGAUUGAUGGUUCAUACAGGCUUUUCCCCUAAACAUCUGCUGACUCUGGAAACCUGGCAUCAUGCCAGUGAUGAAGGGGCUGCUGGCACCCCAGAACACUUUCCUGGACACCAUUGCCACUCGUUUCGAUGGCACUCACAGCAACUUCCUCCUUGGGAAUGCUCAGGGUCACCGUGGCUAUCCUAUUGUGUACUGUUCGGAUGGAUUCUGUGAGCUGACAGGGUUCGGGCGAACAGAGGUGAUGCAGAAGAACUGCAGCUGUCAUUUCCUAUAUGGCUCAGGCACGAGUGAGCAGGUUUCUCAGGGUGUGGAGAAAGCACUGGAGAGCAAGGAAGAGUACCAGGCUGAGGUGCAGUUCUACAAGAAGAAUGGAAGCUCAUUCUGGUGUCUGUUGGACAUCAUGCCCAUUAAGAAUGAGAAGGGGGAGAUGGUGCUUUUUCUGUUUUCAUUCAAGGAUAUCACAGAAACAAAAGACAAGAGCCAUCACAGCAGCAGAACUGAUGAUAAUAAGCCAUACAAAAGGACUACUGGAAACUCUAAUUUCAGUAAAGCCAGAAGGAGGGGUCACACCAUGAUUUACCAGCUAACCAGCCAGUUUACCAGUGACAGGAAAAAUGAUGCCAACUUAAGCCGGGACAUGUUUGAAAAACCAUCCCUGCCUGAGUACAAAGUGGCAGCAGUCCAGAAGUCUCGAUUCAUCCUGCUGCAUUAUAGUGUGUCCAAGGCAUUGUGGGAUUGGAUGAUUCUACUGGCUACAUUCUAUGUUGCUGUUACCGUGCCGUACAAUGUGUGUUUCACAGCGUACAGUGAUCUGGAGACUGCAGGCAGGAGCACGAUAGUUAGUGACAUCGCAGUGGAAAUGCUUUUUAUUCUGGACAUCAUUCUUAACUUUCGCACCACCUACGUGAGUCAGUCAGGGCAGGUGGUGUACGAGCCUCGCUCCAUCUGUCUGCAUUACGCUACCACGUGGUUCUUCGUGGAUCUGGUGGCUGCACUGCCCUUUGACCUGCUCUAUGCAUUUAACAUUACUGUUACAUCUCUAGUGCACCUGCUGAAAACUGUGCGAUUGUUGCGUCUGUUAAGACUGCUGCAUAAGUUGGACAGAUACUCGCAGUACAGCGCCAUGGUACUAACGCUACUCAUGUCGAUGUUCGCUCUGCUGGCUCACUGGAUGGCCUGCAUCUGGUACAUCAUUGGACGCAAAGAAAUGGAGACCAAUGCUAAUGGAGCCUGGGACAUUGGCUGGCUACAUGAGCUGGGCAGGCGUUUGGACAAGCCCUAUUUCAACAGUACAGUUGGUGGUCCUUCGGUUCGCAGUGCUUACAUUGCCUCUCUGUAUUUCACCUUGAGCAGUCUGACCAGUGUGGGCUUCGGCAACGUUUGUGCCAACACUGAUGCUGAGAAGAUUUUCUCUAUUUGCACUAUGCUCAUUGGGGCUCUCAUGCACGCUGUGGUGUUUGGGAAUGUAACAGCCAUCAUCCAGCGCAUGUACUCACGUCGCUCACUAUAUCACACGCGCAUGAAAGAUCUGAAGGACUUCAUUCGUGUUCACCGGCUACCACAGCAGCUUAAACAACGCAUGCUGGAAUAUUUCCAGACCACCUGGUCUGUGAAUAAUGGCAUUGAUGUCAAUGAGCUCUUGCAUGAUUUUCCUGAUGAGUUGCGUGCCGAUAUAGCCAUGCACUUAAACAAAGACAUCCUGCAGCUGCCCGUGUUUGAUGGUGCUAGUAGGGGCUGCCUGCGCUCGCUCUCCCUCCAUAUCAAAACCACUUUCUGUACACCAGGGGAAUAUCUCAUCAGACAGGGGGACGCAUUGCAGGCCAACUACUUUGUCUGUUCUGGGUCACUGGAGGUUCUGAAGGACAACAUGGUCUUGGCUAUUCUGGGAAAAGGAGAUCUGAUUGGCUCAGACCUGCCAGGCCAGAAUCAUGUGAUCAAGACUAAUGCAGACGUAAAGGCACUGACAUAUUGUGACCUGCAGUACAUCAGUAUGAAAGGUUUAAGUGAUGUUCUUGAACUAUAUACCGAGUAUGCCAGCAUUUUCACUACUGACAUCCACCUAAACCUCACAUACAAUCUAAGAGAGGACAGUGAGACUGAGCAGAACUACCCAGACUCCAGUGCAACAACUGAGAAUAAGCUUCCUUCCAUUGUAGACAAGGCUAAUGUUCCAGACAAGUACUCCCAUGUCCCACCUGCUUCCAAUACAUGCCGAAAUCUUCUUCUGCCCAAUCUAAGCAGCCCAGUACGACAUUCAUCACUGGGGAAUCUUUUAGGGGAAGAGUUACUGCAGUUCAACACCCUGCGACAGUCUCGUUCACCUGUCAGGGGCUGGAGUCCAAACCCUUCCCCCAAACAUCAGAUCAAAGUACAGAAACAAACCCAUCCUCCCUCACCUAUACCCAAAUCCACCCAUAGGACACAAACAGAUUCUGGAGGUACAGGACGCAAACCUGCCAAACUGCUCAUCCCCACUCUCAACUGCUUUGGGCCACCAGAUCUUAGUCCAAGAGUUGUAGAUGGAAUUGAGGACAACGGACAUGUGUUUCAUUUUAAUGUGGAGGACACCACUGCCAAAACUAGUACAGUGACAUCACUGGGUAGUAAGACACUGGACAGGUCUGGUCAGGUGAAUGCGUCACUGCUUCAGGAAACAAAGGAAGUGAAAGAGACCAUUGACCAACUCAACAAUAAGAUGGGCAACCUGAAACAGGAAGUGUCAAUUCUAACAAAGGAUCUGCAUCACAUAAUGCACCUCCUGCAAGCACAGAUAGCUGUUCGUCAUUACACAGCACCUUUGUCCUCCUGUCCCUAUGGAGUCCACAUGAUGUCCAGUUCUUCUAUCAGUAUGUCUCCAGCCUACAUCUUGGGUUCCAGCAUCCACAUGCAGCACAAAGACCAUGUUGUCCCUGAGGGUCUCCUGGGGUCCACAUCUUGGAGUCAUAGCAGACCUGGUGGAUCUGGUUUCGCUCAGCAGACUGAGAUACAGGGACACAUUCACCAGAAUGAGCUUAAUCAACCCUCUCCUGCCACAGCAAAUGAGCCCUGUUCCCAUGACUGGAGUUCCUUGUACACCUCAAUUCCCUCCAAUAUCAGCCACCAUCACUUAUCUUCUGGCUCCUCCCUCCUUAGCAUCAGCCCAGGAACCCAGGGGCCAACACCUGGAGAAAGUCCCAGAGCAGAGGGCUUAUCACUGGGCAUUUGUGCUGGAGCCAGUAUCAGCCAGUCACACCCUGUUUUGCAUACACUGUUUCCUCAAACAUUGGGCGAUUCAUCUUUUUCUUGCAAGGUCACACCAAGCUCAUAUUCACACCUACACCUUUCCACAGAACCAGCGUUUCCCUACCCCACUCCAACCAUGAAUAAAGAGCACUGGACUCUAGAGAUGGCCCUCAGUCAGAAUGUGGAACCUUCCUCUUUCCUACAAGAGAAUUCUCCACCCUCUCCAAAGGAAUCGGUUGUAGUUCACUCUUUUCUUGAGAGGUCAUCUAAAGUAGAGCACACCAGUCAGGAGUGCCUACUGGGUAAUCAAAGGCUGGGCCAAGAUAGUGAGACAUCAGAGAGCAGGUCUAGCGGGGCCAGUGUAGGAAUUUGUAGCCAAUCUGAGAGCUCAGAGACCACAUGGUGCCUGGAUCUGAUGGACUGACAAUAAGGAAUGACUAUAAUCAACUCUGCAACCAAAAUUUCUGUUUGAAUUUUAACACCAUUUUACUUCAUUAUGAAUUUCAUAAGUUCAUGAGUAUGAAGAGAAAAGGCUGCUCAGCAGUUAAUCAUCUGGACCAUCACCGAAUCCCUUUUCCACCAACAGGGUGACUCUGUCGGUCACAGAUCCAGUGCCUGAUCUGGAACCUUUUCCUGUUCCACUGCAGAAAAAGUAAUGGUGUGGAAGAACUGGCGCCACAACUUCAAAAACCUGCUAGUCUUAACCAAGAAAUCACAAAAUGUUAGAGGCCAGGGCCUGGAUGUGCUUACAAAAAACUUGGUUCCUGGCAUUCCAUCCCAUUCUCAAAAAUUGUAAAACUAUGCAAAGUUAUGGGAAUUAUGUCAUCAAAUGGAGAGCAUCACUAAAAAACACCUGGUGACUGUAUUAUGUUCAUAAGUACAGUAAACAUGUAAGUUGUCUACUGUGUACAUCAGUUCAAUUAGCAGAAAUCACUAUGAUUUAGUUUUCUGUGUGUGUCUAUAUGCUCCUGACCUGCAUAAUGGAUUAUUCUUUUUCCAACAGAAAAUGUACUCUGAAAUGUUGAAUGAAUAUUUUAAAUUGCUGCAGAUAUUUAGGACACAGCAUGUACGUACAGUAUUUUAUCAUUUCACUUUACCUAUCAGAGCUUGACUGUUUACUCCAAUGGGACAUAUCAAAGAAAAGCAAGCAAAUGCACUUAUGGAAUAAAACUUUUAGUUAGAUUAUAUUCAGAAACAGAUUGUAUUAUAUUCAAAAUGUCCUGUAGUUUACAGUUUUUGCAGCAGACUAUUCUGACAUACCUCUAUAAUCUAUGCCCAUGAUAGACUGCCCUCAUUUUUAAUUUUUAUUUAAUUUUUUUUUCAAUCAGAUGACCUCAUCAUAAUGUAUUAUUUGAUGGCCAUGUCGUACUGGAAGAAAUGUUACCAUAAAAUUAAAAGCCCAGAAUGUAUCCACAAAAGGAUUAUUCUGUGUAACUAUCAGAACAGAUAAAAUAUCACCCACUUUAAUACAUAUACUGUAUGCACAGUUGACAGAACACUGCAUGACAAAUUAACAAUGCUUAUUAAUAACAGUUACUGUCUUUGCUGAAUCUGGGAAUGUUGUUGCAUGUUGUUGGAAUUAUGUAAAACUUUAAAAAGCUGCUGUCAGAAUUCCGGUAGUACUCUUUUGCACUAAGUAACUGAAUUUAAUACUUGGAUUAAUGAGACUCAGGGUAUAUUUUCAUUUGCACAAUGUGUGACCACUUAAAUUAAUGAUAAUGAGCUAUUUAAUUUAAUUUAAUUCAUUCUACAUUAUAUGCAACAUGGACCUGCACACAUAUGAAUUAAUACAGUAUUUCAUGUGGACACUUUUAAGUGUGACUAUAGUGCAUGUAAUGAAUAAAGUUUUUAAUAAUGUGCACAAAUUACUUUGAGUGGUCAUAAAACUAGCAUUGCAGUAGCAGAUGAUUACACACUUUCUGUAUGUAUUGUAUUGUUUUAUACUUUAGAAAACUAUGACACUGAAUACUCAAUAAAGAAACUUUGAUUGUUCUGUA